AUGCCUGCCCUCACCAACAACAACAGCGCGACCCGCACCAAGCUCAGGGGUGUCGGGCCCGCCCACGUCACACCCGUCAGCGCGCUCAAGGCCCAGCGCAACGGCGAGCAGCCACCCGCCCCAGGAGGACCCGAGACCGACACAUCGUCACCCGCGGUCCUCAAGGCCGUCCGCGAGUUCGAGCACGGCCGGCAGCGCACAAGGCGGGCGGCGGACACGGAGCGCAUGCGGGAGCGGAAGGAGCGCAAGAGGCGCGGCGGCGCUGCACCGCGCGCUGUGAGGCCGACACACUCCGGUCAUGCUCGGAAGGUCGACGUGACGGGCGCGGAGGACGUGGAGGAGCGCGACGGCGACGGCGAGAGCUACCCGCUGGCUGCCUCGCAGGCAGAGCUCGGCGAGGACCCCGCUGGCACUGCGGAUCUGGACGUCAGCGCGUCGCAGCAGAUAAGCCUGGAGGCCUUCAUCAAGCCUGCCAAACUCCACAAGCGCAAAGCGGAGGACUUUGAAGUCGUCCCCAAGGUCCGCUCCGUCAUCGCUCUCGACGACCAUGCACCUCCCCUGCCGGAGGUCGACGAGCCUUGGGAACACGUCACCCUUGAGGAUGAGCACGAUCUCGCGCCAUCCUACGCCCAAGUCGUCGCCACCGCCGCGUGA